AUGCAGACCAGCCAAAACGACUAUUGGCCUACUUUUCGAGGCCACUUAUCGAAGGGAGCCGGACCAUUUCCAUCCAUCCGGGGACCGCGAGUUCCGAACCCGCCAUCAGAGGCCACCGAGAUUCUUGAUACCGACUUUGAUUCCGAUUCCCAGUCAGAUGCUCUCGAGGAUUCCCCCCGGAGGAGCGUUCGCUCACUUGGAUCGUCGAGUGUAACGACCGCUUCCACCCCCGACGAGAUCAAAACACCAGAUUCAGCUGGAUUAAGUGGAUUUCACUUCCAUAUUGAUGACAAUCCAGUUGCUGGCCCAGAUGGGCCGCACCUCUUUCGGAUGUCAGAUGGCUCGAUGGAUAUCAAAUCAUCUGUCGAAAUCGACUUGAUAUUUGAUGAUGCCCCUGAUAGUGCCACCACGCCCUUGUACUCCUCCGCAUCCAAGCUGGGCCCCGACAGGAGAGACACGCCUAUCCCACGAGUCUCAAAUGUUCGAACGUCGCUUCAGCCUGUGCCUGAAAUUGACGACACAGCGCUGCCUGAUGAAGCACAAGUUGCGAGCUGGACUCCUCAAGAUGUUGUCAAUUGGAUGCAAAUGCUGAGGUUUGACGAUAGUAUUGUUGAGAAAUUUUUCGUCAACGAUAUCACGGGCUCUAUUCUCCUAGAUCUCCAGCCCGAAGAUCUGAAGGAGCUCGAUAUCCAGUCAUUUGGUAAGCGGCAUGGAUUAAUGGCCUCAAUUCGACAACUUCGCAAUAUCAUGUCGGAUCAGCCAUCCGAUCCUCAACCAUCCAUUCCGUCAGAGCCUGUUUCACGAGAAGCGACACCGAAUUCUACCGCUGCUGAAGUCGGUGUCAGAAGCUGCAAUGCGACUCCUAUAGCCAGCGAGGAGAACUAUCCCUCACAAGAAAGAGAGGAAAGUCAGAGCCGUCGUCAGCAUAGACGGCGCCGGCCGCGAGUGAUUGGGCCUAAUGAUUCCGUUUCUAUCGUCGGCAUCGAACAGAUGAUGCCCAAGAUACACAGGUGCUCCAAAGGCGAAGAAUGCCGUAAAUGGCAGAAGCAACAGGAAAGGCUAUCUCGCGUUUCCCGGGAUCUUCCCGUUGAGUCUUUGUGUAGCCCUGUGGUUGUUCAUGGUGACCCGGGCAAUGCCACCACUGCUCGAAAUCUGGUCAAAACGCCGAAGUCAGACAUCACACCUUCCAUCGUCGCAUCCUCCGAUGCCCUCGGCCCGACUCAGUCUACUGAGCUUCCUUUGUCUGAGGAAAAGUUACACGAUGUUCAGCCCCGCGAUCCCCAGGAAAACGUACGAAACUUUUUGAAUUUCCAACGCCUGAGUCGGUUGCAACCUGUCAAUGAUCCAGCAACUCCGCCACGGGAAACAUUUCCUUCUCCGAAUGAUGACAACUCUCCAGGACACCUUGCAGAGAAUUUGCGCAGCCUCCCCAAGCUCAGGAUCCCCAGCAGCCGUAGUGCUGCGAUGAGGAACUCUACCCUUUCGCCAAACCUUUCUGGCCAGCGCACUAUCACCCCUUCCAUUAUGCGCAGUAAAACCCCGUUCCAGCAAAAUAUCGCCGAGCGAUCCGCCGCUCCUUCCGAUGGUCUAUUUUCGCCAUCUGACUAUUAUCGACAAGAUCCUCAUUACGGGCAGACAUCGCCGCUGUCCGAAGUUGAUGUUCCUCUCACAGCAAUUCCGGUCGGGCCGAUCGAGAGAGUUUUCUCUCAAUCGGUGCCCCCUGACAUGAGAUAUGGCUCCCAUGGGCAACACGGCCCUGAUCCGAUUCCUCGUCCAAUUUCGACGAAGGUGGAAAAUCACAGGCGAAAUAUAUCUAUCAACGCUCCCCAGCCUGCCCUCGCACGUCUCGACGAAGGACGGGUGAUGUCGCCGAUUAAUACACCCGAGGACUUGGAAAGAACCCCACGUGCGGCUCACUGUCGUGUCAAUCCAUUUAGCCCCACGGGUGAAGUGUCAAAUGAUAUAAUUCACAGCGGCUGGAUGAAGAAACGCAAGACUACGCGCCUGUUGCGUCACGAGUGGAAUGAGCACCAUUUCGCAUUGAGGGGUACCCAGCUUGGCAUGUAUAUGGAUGAGCAGUCCGCUCAUCGAGAUUCAAAGGCUCUUGAGUAUGUUGACGUGGAUGAUUAUGCCGUGGCAUGCUCUUCCCUUGCUUCAAGUUCCAAAUUGACAGCGGCAUUCAAAAAAACAGUCCUGAAACGCAAGGACAAUGCUUCAGGGGACACGGCCUUCGCAUUUUCGCUGAUCCCGUCGCCCAAAAACUUCUCAGGAUUAGACCGAAAGUCUAUCUUCUCCAGUGGUGGCAAGUCGCACCAUUUUGCCGUCAAAAAUCGAGAAGAGCGCAUUGAAUGGCUGCGCGAGUUUAUGCUUGUCAGGGCUUUGAAAGAGCAUACUCGAAGCGGCGAUAAAAUUGAUGUAAAUGGCACUUCCUUAUAA